UCUGAAUUGCAAUCUUUCGUAUUAUUAAAAUUCCUAUCCUUUUUUACUCAUUCAAAGAGACUAUGGCUCGCUCCUUGUGUUUCAUGGCAUUUGCAGUCUUGGCAAUGAUGCUCUUUGUUGCCUAUGAGGUGCAAGCUAGAGAAUGCAAAGCAGAAAGCGUCACCUUCUCUGGAUUAUGCAUUACCAAAACACCAUGCAUAGAAGCUUGUAUCUGUGAGGGAUUUACAAAUGGUCGUUGUAGCACAAUCCUCAGAAGGUGCCUAUGCACUAAGCCAUGUGUGUUUGAUGAGAAGAUGAUCAAAACAGGAGCUGAAACUUUGCUUGAAGAAGAGAUAAUGGAUAACUAAUUAGAAAUUAGAAGAAAUUAAGGAUGCAGUGUCACACAUAAUAGCCUUUUGUUACACUUUAAAUAAGUGUGGCACUUCAAUCCUUUUUGGAUCUUGUACCAAGUUAAUUUAUGUAUGUUUUAAUGAAAAAUGAUCUUCUAUGGUCAUUGCAAUCCCAUUA